ACGGCCGGGGGUCGCUAUUGGCACCCGGACCCCCCAUAAAUGGAGCAUGCCAGUGGCUCCCACAGAGGGCGUUCCCACCAGAGAGACCCCCAAGAAUAAACUAACACCAGCAGCCCGUGGACCUAUCAUCCAACUACACACAUAGGAACAUAGAUUCGUCUCACACACCGUAUCCGAUUCCUCAUCUCACAAACCCAUCCUCUAACAUACUCACCCACGUCUUUCCUCUCACUUAUUACAACAUGGGCUUCACACCAGAGGUUUUCGAUAUUGCCAAUGAGUCUCAGACGGCCGAGACGGCUAAGAAGUACGGACUUACCCCAGCCGAGGUGACUGAGCUUCACCAAAAGGCAACGGCAGCAAAGGCGACCGCAUACUGCCCUUACAGCCAAUUCCGUGUGGGAGCGACACUCUUAUCUAAGGACGGCAAAUACACAUCUGGAGCCAACGUUGAAAAUGCCUCUUAUCCCGUUGGCACGUGUGCCGAACGAGUAGCGUUUGGCAAGGCCAUCACGGAGGGUAUUCGGGGGUUCAAGGCUGUCGCCGUAGCCACCGAUAUCGAAGCUCCGUGUAGCCCAUGUGGCAUGUGCCGACAGUUCAUCCGUGAGUUCGUGGACCUGGAGACGCCUAUCCUCAUGUUCAACAAGGACGGAAAAUACGUCGUCAUGAGACUGGAAGCUCUUCUCCCGCUAUCUUUUGGCCCUGAGUACCUCCCGCCACCGAAUGUUCUGGAAAGGGCCCGGGCCGGUGGAAUCUAGGCCAUUGAACGGUGUGUCCUCAUGUCGGACGGGUGAGUCAGAACCUGCUGGCUCAUGCGCUCAUCAGUGUCAAGGGUGUGGAAAUAGUUCCAUGCGGUGGUGACGAAAUAUUUACACGACCUCCCUUGGUACAGUGUAAUGAGGUCUAAGCGAGUGGCGCAAACUGGCAGUGGGUGAUUUGGCGUUAAGAU